CACGAUGGAAGCAGAUGAGCGGCCGACCAAGCUGAGGAAGCUCGAUAAUGGUGAUGAAGUUCACAACAUCGCUUCCGACGCUCAUCUGCCGUCAUACUCGAUUGGAAAUGCUUCAGCGUCCUUCCUGACCGCACCUUCUCACAACAGUAAGCCAGACGAGCAUACUGCUAAUGUCGCAGAUCGAGCGCUACAUGGUGAUGAUGAGGAGGGCGAAUCCGGAGGUGAUGUCGAUAUUGAAGACAUUCCAGAAUCACGACAGCGACAAGAGGAUGGUGUGCCUGCAGAGCCUCUGUCGAAAAGCCAGUUGAAAAAACUCCGGAAGCGUGAAGAGUGGGAAGCAGGUCGAGGUUAUCGCAAGCUGAAGAGGAAAGAGAAGCUACAAGAAAAAAGGGCUAGGAAGAAGGCUGCGAGAGAAGAGGAAGAGCUGCGUGUGGAACAGUUGAAAAAGGACGCUACCGAGCGAGGCGAAGAUCCAGGUACUGUUUCCGCAGAGCUACAGAAGCCGGAGAAGCAGAAAUCCCGCCGGCCAAUUCAGUUGCCUGUCACAAUUAUCAUCGACUGUGGCUUCGACGAGCUGAUGAUGGAGAAAGAGCGGAUCUCACUGGGCUCUCAACUCACACGAUCGUACUCUGAUAAUUACCGUGCACCAUUUCAGGCACAUCUUGUGAUCAGUUCAUGGGGAGGGCUACUGAAGGAGAGAUUCGACACAGUUCUUAAGAAGCACUAUCUGAAUUGGAAGAACGUGACUUUCGAAGAAGGCGACUUCACAGAAGCUGCACGGAACGCGGAGGCAUUCAUGCACGGUCCAAAGGGGGGAAGGCUGGCAGGGUAUUUCGAGGGGUUUGCUGUUGCGAACGGACAUGUUGAGGCAUUGACCACCACAAAUGCGACCGUUCUAAAAACUCCUGCAUCUGCCGCCGAGAUUGAGAAUUCCCAUCAAACUGGAGAUUCCUCCGCAUCUGAAAAGCAUGGCGCCGAGGAAGACCCAGCAUCUGCGCAAAAAGACCUUCCGCCCUCUGAUGCAACCUCUGAACCUGCUGUACACCCGCACAAGGGCGAGAUUGUCUACCUUACCUCCGACUCCCCCGACACCUUGACCGAACUGUCGCCCUAUUCAACCUAUAUUGUGGGCGGGCUUGUGGACAAGAACCGACACAAGGGUAUCUGUUACAAGGUUGCGCAGGAGAAAGGGAUCAAGACCGCAAAGCUUCCGAUCGGAGAAUACAUGGACAUGCAGUCUCGCAAGGUCCUCGCGACGAACCACGUCGUAGAGAUUAUGAUUCGAUGGCUGGAGUAUGGCGACUGGGGAGAGGCUUUCAUGAGAGUCAUCCCAAAGCGAAAAGGCGGCAAGUUGAGGGAGGAGAGCAAGCCAAAGGCCGAUGGCAGUGAUGGUGAGGAGAAUGAUCAUGAGCAGAACGGUAACGAAAUGUCGACAGAACGGGUAGUUGCCUCCUGAGCAAACAGUACGCCUUCCACCCGCCAGGUUUUAACGAUUGGGCAUAUUUGAGGCUUGCGAGCUUAACAUGCCAACACUAAAAUCCCACAAACAAGGCUUUUCGCGAAGUGCCGUCAAACUCCCACCAUCCCCAACGCCAACCAGCUUUAUUUGUUGCUAGACUCAUUCGCACGCCUUCGUAACUCAUCACAUCACAGAGCAGUUUUCGACAGUAGAUCUCAUGGAAUCUAGGUAGCCGGCCUCAGCAUCUGCCUCUUCUUCCCAAGCAC